UCUUUUGCGCGAGGUUCCCCCAACAUCUCCUACUUCUGAACGCCAGCGCGCCAUUGGACAGAUCAACAACUGUCCAAACAUCGAAGAGACCAACUGUUGACUUAUGGUCAACAUCCGUACUGCUGUUCACGAUCUUACCUACAAACAUCAUUCCCUGAUUAUCGCUCUCCUUGUAAAAUGGACUAACAAGCUCUAGGGCGGGAGAGUCGUACUUCAGCCAGAAGGCAACGGAAGACUACUCUUUUUCCACAUUCCACCUCUAUAAUAAAGAAACAGAAAACAGGAGGCAAAAGCGGAAGCAGUAGUACAAGCAGAGGAAGAAAAUACGAAGAAAAAAAGAGGAAGGGGGAUUCCGAAACGUCAAAUAAUGGCGUCACCAUCGUCUCCAACGGCAUCGUGUAGCUCUUCGUAUACGUCAUCAUUUCCGUCCUCCAAGUUCUCGUCUCUCCCCGUGAUGGCGCUCAGGGAGAGAAUCGUCGAGAAAAUACUCAAGAAUCGCGUCACUCUCAUCGUCGGCGAAACCGGCUGCGGGAAGAGCUCCCAAGUUCCACAAUUCCUGUUGGAGGAAAAUGUCGCUCCUGUUUUGUGCACACAGCCAAGGAGAUUUGCUGUUGUAGCAGUUGCCAAAAUGGUUGCACUAGCUCGAAAUUCUGAACUGGGUGACGAGGUUGGAUACCAUAUAGGUCAUUCAAAGGUUCUGUCAUCUAGAUCAAAGAUUGCUUUCAAAACUGCUGGAGUUUUGUUGGAUGAAUUGCGAGAUAAGGGGUUCCAUGCACUUAAUUACAAGGUUGUUAUUCUUGAUGAAGUGCAUGAAAGAUCUAUUGAGUCCGAUCUUGUUCUUGUUUGCGUGAAGCAAUUUCUGCUGAAGAACAAAAACCUGAGGGUGGUGUUGAUGUCUGCAACUGCUGAUAUUGGAAGAUACAGGGAUUACUUCAAGGACCUUGGUAGAGGCGAAAGAGUUGAGGUGCUGGGAAUUCCGAGCUCAAACCGGAAACAUGUUUUCCAGCGACAGGUUUCAUAUCUUGAACAGGUGACUGAGUUACUUGGAGUCAGUUCAGAGUUAAUAAGUUCAAGAUAUUGUUCUGGCCCUUGCCCUUCCAUGGCAGAUGCUGAAAUUAAGCCUGAAGUGCAUAAACUUAUCCAUGAAUUAGUGUUGUACAUCCAUGAAAAUGAGCCAGAUAUUGAAAAGAGCAUUUUGGUUUUUCUUCCAACAUACUAUGCCCUUGAGCAGCAAUGGUACCUUCUGCAGCCAUUCAGUUCAUCCUUUAAGGUUCACAUUUUACAUCGUAGUGUUGACACUGAACAAGCUCUUAUGGCUAUGAAAAUCUGGAAAUCACAUCGUAAGGUAAUACUGGCCACAAAUAUUGCAGAAUCAUCUGUGACAAUACCCAAAGUGGCAUUUGUUAUUGAUUCAUGCCGGUCUUUAGAAGUCUUUUGGGAUGCUGCUCGAAGAAAGGAUUCAACACAGCUUGUUUGGGUUUCUAACUCUCAGGCUGAGCAGCGGAGAGGUAGAACUGGUCGUACUUGUGAUGGCCAUGUAUACCGGUUGGUUACACAAUCAUUUUUUAGCAACCUUGAGGAGUAUGAGCGUCCAGCUAUAUUGAAGUUGUCUUUGAGGCAGCAAGUGCUUCAGAUUUGCUGUGCUGAAUCCAGAGUUAUUAAUGAUCCCAAAGCUUUGUUGCAGAAGGCUCUGGACCCUCCUGAUCCAGAAGUUGUGGAAGAUGCAUUGAAUUUGCUAGUUCAUGUGAAAGCACUAGAAAAAAAAUCACCAAGGGGCCGUUAUGAGCCCACAUUUUAUGGACGGCUGCUUGCCAGUUUCUCACUGUCCUUUGAUGCAUCUGUGUUUGUUGUCAAGUUUGGGAAAGUCGGGAUGUUGCGUGAAGGCAUUCUUCUGGGUAUAUUGAUGGAUACUCAACCUCUACCUAUUCUUCAUCCAUUUGGGGGGGAGCAUUUGUUUACAGAGUACAUAAACUGCUAUUUUUGUGGAGAUAGUGACAACAUUGUCCUAACUGGUCGAAAGGAGGUUGUAUUCUUGGGAAACUUAUGUGCGUUUCAGUUUUGGCAACGUGUUUUUAAGGAUAAGCACCGUCUUGAACAUUUGAAACAACUGCUGAAGUUUGAUGAAAUGAAAGCUGCAACAUUAUUGCUGCCCAAGCUUGAGGAAGAAUGGUGCUCUUUCCAUCAUCUUGUGCAGUCAUCACUGCACCAUGUCUCUGAAAUGUAUGAAGACAUACUAAACUCCAUGCACUGUUUCCGGCCUAACUUUCUGCCUGCAUCUGAUGGCAUACCAACCUACUAUUCUCCUUAUGAAUUUGGACACACUUGCCUUCUUCAAUUUCAGCCACAGGGAGAAACCAAUGCACUUUCUUCGAGUGACGAACAGCUUGAGCAAUCUUUUGAAACAAGGAAAUGUGUUGCUGUGCCAUUUGUUGCUUCUGAUCACUUCCAUACCAAUGAUGUGGCUAAAACUUUGGCAAAUGCUAUCAAGGAGAUAAGAGUUCAAUAUGCGGGAGACAUUUCUGGUAAUCACCAGGCAAUUAUUGAUGACUACGAUUCUCAUGUCAAUGGGGGGACUCCUCUGUGUGUUUAUUUUGUGAAUGGACGUUGCAACAGGGGUAGUCUCUGCAGAUUUUCUCAUUCACUCCAAGCAAAAAAACCAGCUUGCAAAUUCUUUUUCUCUCUGCAGGGUUGUAAGAAUGGACAUUUGUGUUCCUUCUCUCAUGAUUCUUAUCAGUCAGUCUCAUCAUAUAGCUCAGAUGUAUGUCUGCCAGAAGAAGAGCAUGCUGAUGCAUCAUCUCUUCUACGAUUAUUACCAACAUCUACCAAUGGAUGCAUCCUUUUGUUGGAUGACACGAAUAUGCAUUUCACAUCAAAUCUUGCUAACCACUGCAAUCCAUCAAGAAUUAUCUCCACUACAUCUCUGACAGAAACAUCCAUGACUGACCCAUCACUGACUGGUGUUAGAAUCCUAUGGGGGCUCCACCAUCCCUACCAGACCAUCAUUUCCUAUACAGGGGAGAACCCAAUUCCAUGGAAUGAAGUCAAGCUUGUGCUGUGGUUUCCUUAUCUGGAUGGGUAUGCUGAAGAUUUGGAUAGGCAGAAAAUUCUUGUACAGAACUUUUUUGAGUAUCUUGCUAUUCGAGUAUUGAGUGAUGCCCUGUUUGAGGUUAAAGUAAUCCUUGCCAUCAACAACAUCAAAUUUUCACAACUACAGGUAUUGUAUUGUUUCAGGUUGAAAAGUUGGCAAGAGAGAGCUUCUUCUUCCUUACUGAGUCAUUUCCAUUUGAUCAAACGAGCUUUGGGGAGUUGUUGGAUACAGUCACACUUAACAAGCCAAUGUUGGCAUCGAGGUCUAUCUCAUAUGUGUUUGACCUGCACCCACCUAGUGAUAUCCAGUUUGGUGACUAUGCUUCUGUGCUUCACAAGCAUCUACAUGACUGGAAAACAUCUUGAACAUUCAUGGUUUCUGCCUGCAGUGAGUUCUAAGGAUUUUGCUCGUAAAUGUCUCUAAUUAUAGUCAUUUAAAAUUGCCAUUCAUCCUAGUACUCAAUAUACAUAUAUAUAUAUAUAUAUAUAUGUUUUAUUUA